CCCACCUAACUCGCACAGUCCAGCACACAGCCCGACACCUCCAUGCUGGCACACAUGACAGCACAAGGCAAAAAAAACCCAAAACGACUUUCCUUAACCUGACAGAAAAACGUGGGGAGAAAUCAAGUGUGGCUAAGAAAAGACAUGAAGAGCCUGAAGUUUUUGGCAGCAGAGGGCUUAGUUCGGAGCCCGAGAGCCGGCAGUAGCCUCAGUUGCCUGUCUUACAAUCUUUACCCAAUCCUGUUUAAGGCCAGCUUCCUGCAGGAGUCAGCUGAAAUGCUCCAUGACGUGGUGGAGAUGUGGCCCCUCGCCGAGCUCAGUCUGUGGAGACUGCUAGGAAGGACACCGGACUGCCAGGCUGAUCUCACUACCCGCACCUGCAGACUCUGCCUCACAGCCCUGUUGACAGGCCUGAGGGACUAUGUGCUCCGUGCACCAGCAACAUAUGGCAAACUGUUGCGUGUAGUUGAUCUGACCGGCCUGCGGGACAUUGAACACCAAGCUUGCCCAUGCAGACACACGCUGGGCCGCUGGGCCCGCACUGAGCUGCUCACCCGCAUGUGCUAUGAGACCCUGGUGGCUAUGCAGGCUGGUCAGGCAGCAGUGUCAGCCUUCGAGGUGGAGGUGGACGUCCAGCUUGAUGCCUUUGUCACGGGAAGGAACUACGAGGCAGUGGUCCAGGCCCUGCUGCUGGUGAAACACUGCCCACUGAAAAUGCGCUGUGUGGGCCUGCGUGUUGACUCACUGUCCCUGAAGAACCUGUUCUACCUGCUGCAGCUGGCCAACUCUCCUGGCCUGCGCAAACUGGAGGUGGUGCAUAAUGUGCCCCUGGAGGCGCCGCACCUGGAGGUGAUGCUGUCACAGCUGAAGUUCCCCCAGCUGCGCUCACUCACCCUGCCAUGCCAGGCACUGGACAUACGCAGGCUGGGCCCGGAGGACAGGGGCCUGCUCGCAGAGCUGGGCAAUCUGAUGAGCAAGAUGGUGGAGCUGAGGGAGCUCUACCUGGGCUUCUCCACCCUCACGGGACAUCUGCGCCAACUGCUAAGUCCUCUGAACACUCCGCUGCAGUGUAUAGAGCUGGCUAACUGUAGCCUUAGCCCUGUGGACAUGGCUUACCUGGCCAACAGUCUGCACAGUGAGUUCAUAGAAAAGCUGGACCUGAGUGGCCAUGUGCUGUCGGAUCUCUUUCCCAACACCUUCCGGAAGCUGCUGCACCGGUGUUCAGCCACACUCACCAGCCUGAGCCUGGAGGAGUGUGGCCUGGCUGACGAUAACCUGGAUCUCCUCUGUGAGUCGCUGGCACCCUGCCGUGGGCUGCAGGAACUGAAGAUACUGGGCAACCCCCUAAGCACUGCAGCCCUGCGUCACCUCUUCAAUAUGCUGGCCCAAGGCUACCCAGCUCUGAGGUACAUAGAGCUGCCGGUCCCUCGUGACUGUUACUCUGAAGAUGCAACUUAUCCACUGGAUGAUUCCACACUAAUCAGUUAUGAUCGGGCCAAGUUCCACCAAGCCAGGGUAGAAUUGGUGAGCAUCCUGGAACGAGCUGGAGAAGGUCACCUAGAAGUAUGUACACCUCUGUUUGGCAGCUAUGAUCCUGACAUCCAUGAGACAAGCAACGAGCUAGGGGUUUCUAUGCUGCACUCUUUUAACAGUAUUAUAGGGACCUUUAUAGACACCGUGAAGAGUGUCAGUGAACGUAGAGAGCAAAGCAUGAAGAAGUAACAUAUUUUGCAUUUGUAUGUUGCUAUUUGCAAGGUUUAGAAGUCCAAAACUUUGUCCUGCAAAUCUUUAUACUGUGCAAUAAAAAAACUAAAUAUUCAAAGUUGUUA